AUCUUAUCACCGAGUCGUCUCUUCACAUGAACACGACUUCCCGAAUUAUCACCGCUGGUUUUUUUCUGAGACUUCUAAGCUAUCGUGGUAAUACUUGAAACUAUUGACACCAGGCCUGAGUCAUCAUCACCAUGAAGGAAGCGCUCGUGAGCAAAGGAACCCAAGUCCAGAUCGUGGACUCUUCCAUCCCAGCCAUCAACGAUGACCAGGUGCUCAUCAAGGUCAUUGUGUCGGGAUCGAACCCCAAGGACUGGAAACUGCCCGACCUCCUUGGUGGCUCUACCAACCAAGGCGACGACAUAGCCGGCAUCGUCGAGAAGGUUGGCGCCAAUGUCUUCGAGUUCAAGCCGGGCGACCGGGUCGCCGCCUUCCACGAGAUGCGGACCCCGCACGGGAGCUACGCCGAGUACGCCGUCGCGUGGCAGCACACGACCUUCCACAUCCCCAAAUCCAUCAGCUUCGAGGCCAUCCCGCUCGCCGCCAUGACCGCGGCCGUAGGCCUCUACCUCCGCCUCGGCCUUCCACAGCCCUGGUCCCCGCCAGCCUCAGCCUCAGAACCGAUCCGCGGCCCGACACCCCUCCUCAUCUACGGCGCGGCCUCGGCCGUAGGCAUCUACACAGUGCAGCUCGCCCAGCGCAGCAACAUCCACCCGCUCAUUUGCGUGGCCGGGCGGGCGUGCGACUAUGUCGAGGGGUUCAUCGACCGCAGCAAGGGCGACGUCGUAGUCGACUACCGCCAGGGCGAUGAGGCGCUCGUUGCCGGGAUCGUCGAGGCGCUGGACGGGCAGCCGGCUCUGGCGCACGUGUUGGAUGCUGUUUCGGAGGCCAGCAGCAUCACCAACAUUGCCGAGGUGCUUCGGCGCGUCGGGGCGAAGGACGAUCUGAGCGGGGCCGUCAAGGGGAGGGCGACGUUUGUGCUGGGAGGGGAGAAGGAGGGUCUGCCGGACGGGGUGGAGAAGAGUAUCACCAUGGUCGGGAGCGUUCACAAUGAGGCCAAGGACUUUGGGUAUGUGUACUAUAGGUACUUUGCGAAGGGGUUGCUGGAGGGUUGGUUUAAGCCGCAAAAGACCGAGGUGGUGCCUGGGGGGCUGGGUGGGAUUCAGACGGCGCUCCAGAACCUCAAGGACGGGAAGGCCAGUGCGGUGAAGUACGUCUUCCGCAUUGGUGAGACAGACGGGGUUGAGCGGUAG